UGGCUGCGGGGGUAGAGGGGGUGGACACGUGGGCCAAUGGGAAGCAGCCUCGCGUGCGGAGCGGCGGGGGGCGGAGCGAGGAGGGGUCUCCGGCGCUCGGCGCCGCGUCACCAUGGUAACCCCCUCCCCGGGCCGAGGCCUGCCAGGGGCUAUGGCGGGCCGGGCCCGGGGUCUCGGUGACGUCGCGGUGUGGUGCCGUUCCAGCCCCACAUCCCGGCGGCCCGGUCCUCUCAGGCCCCCUCGGGCCGCGGGUUCCCCACAGCGGCCCCCAGGCUCGGGCACACAGCCCCGUCCCUUGGCACCGCUCUGGCUGCGGCCUGUGCGGGCCGCGCGCUGCGGGACCAGGCCCCGAGCUGCUGUGCGGGGAGUGCGGGCUGAGGGACAGGCCGCGCCCCGGUACAGGGCAUGGGGACAGCCCUGGGCCGAGGCCCCUCCCCGCUCUUUGCCCGCAGCUGGGCUGUACCCGUGGCCUGAGGUGCCGACACCUAGCCAGCAAAGACCACGGCCCUCAGAAGAGGGAAAGGCCGGCACUGUGCCUGAGGUGGCCCUUGGGAAUGUCCCCAGCUGAGGCUGAAGCGGUUUGUCUGCUGCUGGCCUGCCUGUGGCCUUUGCUCAGGUGGGCACGGGGUGAGGCUGUAGGGUGAGUGCUGGAGGGGCCCAGGGGUGCUGAGCCUUGGGCAGCCCUCGGUGCCAUCCUCCAGAGUGGUGGCCCUGGCGCAGGGACGUGGCUGUGGCCUUGGGGCUCCCCAGCUCAAGGUCCUGACCCCAUGGGCUCAGCUCAGAGCAGGAGCCGAGCCCAGCACAUGUACUGCAAGCAGUGAACCUUGGUCACCAGACGCCGAGGUGAAGGGCUCUGAGAGCCCUCUGUCACUAGUGCCUGCGUCAGCGCUGACCCCGGUGACAGCGGGAUUAUCUGUCUGACCUCAGCACUGUUCCCCUGUGAGCAAACCCUCCGAGUUAAACCCCAGGGCAGCCAGGGUGCUUCCCUCCGCUCCCCAUCCUCCUGCAGCAGCUCCUGGCCACACUCUCCUGGGCAAAGCCCUGAGGGCCGGAGCUGCGUCAGGGGAGGGUCAGGUGGGGGUCAGGGAAAGGUUCUGCUCCAGAGGGCGGUGGGCACGGCCCCGAGCCGCAGGAGCUCAGGGAGCGCUGGGACACCGCUCUCAGCCGUAGGGCCUGAUUUGCGGGUGGCCCCGUGCGGGUCCCUCCCGGCUCGGGACGUUCCGCGAUGCCUCUGCCACCCGGUGUUGCCCGACCUCCCGCCGCCCGCUGCCCGCGGGGGGCUCCCCCCGCCCGGCCCCGGCCCCGCCCCCGUUGCUAUGGCGACGUUGUCAGCGCGCUCCCCCCGCUCCACGGCCGCGCGCCGCGCCGCGCUAACCCCGCCCACGAGUCCCGCCUCGACCAAUAGCGCGGCGCCGCCCGGCCGGCCCGCCGGUGACGUCAUGGCCGGUGAAAAUCCCCCGUGGCCGCGGGAGCGGCGGCGCGGGGCGGUGCGGGCAGCAUGGCCAAGCACCACCGCACGCCGGCGCGCUCCGCCGAGCCCGUCAUCGAGGUCAAGAGCAAGUUUGAUGCCGAGUUCCGCCGCUUUGCCAUGAAGCGCUCCAGCGCAGGCACCUUCCAGGACUUCUACCACCUACUGCAGAGCGUGCACCAGAUCCCCCGCGUGGACGUGCUGCUGGGCUACACCGACGUGCACGGUGACCUGCUGCCCAUCAACAAUGACGACAACUACCACAAGGCGCUAUCCUCUGCCAACCCCUUGCUCAGGGUCAUCAUCCAGAAAAAGGCAGAAUCGGACGCCGGGGUCUUCGCCUCCAACUCGUUGCAGAGGAAGAAGAAGGGGCUGCUGCGCCCCGCGCAUUACCGGGCCAAGCCGCACCUCCUCAUCGGCAUGCCCCAGGACUUCCGCCAGAUCUCCUCCAUCAUCGACGUGGACAUCCUGCCCGAGACCCACCGCCGCGUGCGGCUGCACAAGCACGGCUCCGACAAGCCGCUGGGCUUCUACAUCCGCGACGGCGUCAGCGUGCGCGUGGCCCCGCAGGGCGUCGAGAAGGUGCCCGGCAUCUUCAUCUCCCGCCUGGUGAAGGGCGGCCUGGCGGAGAGCACGGGGCUGCUGGCGGUGAGCGACGAGAUCCUGGAGGUCAACGGCAUCGACGUGGCCGGCAAGUCCCUGGACCAGGUGACGGACAUGAUGGUGGCCAACAGCCACAACCUCAUCAUCACCGUCAAGCCGGCCAACCAGCGCAACAACGUCAUCCGCAGCAGCAAGGCCUCGGGCAGCUCGGGGGUGUCCACGGACAGCACCCCAAGCCAGCAGACCCCCAGCCCGGCCUCGCAGUAUCUCAGCAAUUACAGCACAGCCGAGAGCGACGAGGAGGGCGACCUGGUCAUCGAGAGCGACGGCGCGCCCCACUACGGCCCCGCGGGCUGCCCCAACGGGGGCCCUGCCGACGGACCCCUCCCACCGAGCCUGUCCCCGCACAGCUCGCAGGGCUCCCUGCAGUCCCUGGGCAGCCACGACAGCAGCCCCGGCCGGGGCAGCGUGCGGGAGGACGGCACCCUGCUCACCCUAUAGCCGGACUGCUUGUGGGCACCGGGGCAAUGGAGCUGAGCGGGGCUACCCCCGCCCUGUCCCUGCCCUGGGGCCUGCUCCUGCCAGGCACUGCCCGUCUGAGCCCCUCACUUCCCUUCUUCCAACCACGUGGGUUUUUUUAAUUAUUUUAUCAACACAUGCAUCAUCAAGUAAUAUAUUGCAAUGGACAGUAAAACCUUUUCUAGAAAA